CUCCGCUCCGCCCGCCUGCCUGCCUGGCGCGACCCACCAGAAGAGAUGCCGCCGCCGCCGCCGCUCGCCCCCGCCGCCGCGCUCUCGCCCGCCCGCCUCGCGCUCGGGCCGCCAGCCGCGCUCCUCCUCCUCCUCCUCCUCCUGCUCUGGGCGUCGGGCGUCGCGGCUGUGGGCUUGCUGGGCGUCGCGCUGCUGCCUCUGCUGGGCCGCCGGCUGCCCCGUUGGGGCGGCGCCCUCGCCGCCAAUGGGAAGGCCGUGCUCAUCACCGGCUGUGACAAAGGCUUCGGCCAGGCCUUGGCCAGGCGGCUCCACGCCGAGGGCUUCACCGUCUUUGCCGCCUGCCUGCUCAAGGACCAAGGAGGAGACGGUGCCCGGGAGUUGGAGCGCCUGGGACCCUCAGAACGAAUGCACGUCUUGCAGAUGAAUGUCUGCAGUGAGGAGGAGGUGGCCAGGGCUCUUGAACUCGUGACCGGGAGCCUGAAGGGGCCUGAGCAAGGUCUGUGGGGCUUGGUGAACAACGCCGGAGUCGCCUCCUUUGGGGAUGUGGAAUUCACCAGCAUGGAGAAGUUCCAGAAGGUGGCCGAGGUCAACCUGUGGGGGGCCAUUCGAGUCACCAAGGCUUUUCUGCCCCUGAUCCGCAGGGCCCAAGGCCGCGUGGUCAACGUGAGCAGCAUGCUCGGCCGCAUGUCAAGGCCCCUGCGCUCGUCCUACUGCGUCUCCAAGGCCGGCCUGGAGGCCUUCACCAGCUGCCUCCGCCAGGAGAUGUACCCCUGGGGGGUGGCGGUGGUGGCGGUGGAGCCCAGCAACUUCAUCGCGGCCACCGGCAUCCUGACCCGGGACGGAGUGGAGGCCGAGGCCGAGGAGAUGUGGAGCGGGGCCAGCGCAGCCGUCCGCCUGGAUUACGGAGAGGCCUACUUUGCGGAGCAGGUCCGCCGGAUGGAGGGCUUUGUGCGCAGCGGCCUGAGGGAUGUCUCCCUUGUGCUGGACGACAUCACCGAGGCGCUGACCGCGCGGCACCCCUAUGCCCGCUACAACCCCAUGGAGGCCCGCUGGUGGGUCCGGCUGCAGGCCUUUACCCACUUGCCCACGGCUCUGGCCGACUGGCUUUACGUCCGCUAGCCCCUUGCUGCCCCUUGGCCUGGUGCCCAGUUUGGAAACAAACAAUUCCUGUCUUGCAGGGGGUUGGACUAGAUGACUCUGGGGGUCCCUUUCAACUGUACAAUGCUGUGGUUCUAAGAUCCUAAGCCCACAUCUUGGCAGCCAGCUUGAAAGUCAUCCUAGCCCAGAACUAGCCACAUGCCAUGCCCAAGUGCCUUCUGAGGCUGGGGAGGGGAGGGUGUCUCUACGGCAGGCAGCCCCUGGCAAAGAAAGUAACCCCAUCAGCCUUUAGGUUCUUGUGGAGCAAAGCUGCUGGGUGGGUUUUUGAGGGGGGGGGUUGGUGUGAAUUCCACUUCUGGCACCUUCUGAAUGUGCCCACAGCAGGCAAUGAGGUUGCCAGCAGAUCCUGCUUUGGGUAGGGGAGCCAUCCAGAUUCUGGGAGUGUGAAUGGGCCACUGGCUACUUGCAAGGAUGCCAGCUGGCACCCCUCCCUCCCUGCCAAGGAAGCAAAUGGCUGCCCCUGCUCUGGAGGCCUCACAAAGAGCUACCAUACGUACUGCUUCUUCACCUGCUGUUGCCUGGGCAGGAUCUGUCUCUCACAGGGGGAGGCUCUGAGGUGGGGGGCUGUGGGAUGUCGCUCAAGGAAUUCCAGCACCCACAGAAAGACGGGGAGGGGAUCUCCAGUGCAGAGCGCCCCAUGCCAGCUGCAGCAGAAACUCCCAGGAAGGGCUGCAUCAGGGCCAGGGGCUGCACGGGGACCCUCAAGCCCCCCCACCUGCCCCUAGGAGUCAUUCCUAGCCAGGCAGCUCCAGGCAGCUGGACCCUUUGACCUGUCAAGCCCCCUCUGGUUCUCCCCUGAGCAAGAGGAAAGGUCUUGGCCCAUUGGGCUGCCUGCCUGCCUGCCUGCCAGAGGAACAUGGGCCUCCCCUGCAACAGUGGAUGGAGAACACGCCGAUUAUGGGAUGGCAGGAGGCCCUCCUCCCUUCCGUGAUCUCCCCUUAGCCCCUGCUCUAAGCCAGCCAGGGGGCUGCGCUGGGAUUAGGCUGAAUGUCCCGAGAGCCAAAAAAGAUCGUUUAAAGAUCUCUCCUAAUCCAAGCAAAUGUGGUCAAGGUGUCUCUGGGCAUACACAGUCUGUUAGGCACACGGACUGAGCAUUUCUGCAUCAGAAGCGGCCACAGUGACCUCCUGGCUCUUCCCUUUGCAAAGGAGCACCUGCCAUGCCAUGUCCCUCACGCCAGCUGGAGCCCUUGGCAGGCUGCCCCCUAAACAGAGCAAGGGCAGGGCAGGGCAGGGCCCGGGAGCCGCUCACCCACUGGGCCUCGGGCCAGCCCAGGCAUGCGCCAGCUGCUCCCGGGCUGUGCGUGUGAUGCUGGGAACAAGCGCAUGUAAUUGGACUCGGCAGUCGCAGGAGGACUGGGCAUAGUUUCCCACUGCAGAUUCGCUCUCCAAAGACUCCUUGUGCCAACUUACAGAAUUGCAGAGUUGAAGGGUACCCCAGGGGUCAUCUAGUCCAACCCCCGCAAUCCAGGAAUUGUAGCUCGCACAGCAGCAGCCCUUUACUUUUCUGUGAGGGGAGCCACGCUUACCUGAGCACCGUGGGCAUGCAUGGGAUGGGGGGUCCUGUGUGUAGCCCCACCCCCACCCCCCAUGGCCUUUUGUCUGCACUAUGAAAUUACUGGAACACAAUGGGCACCUGAUCAACUGCACACUGAGAAAGAAAUAAAGUGAGCCAUUUCAGCCCACCUGUGUCUCCCUGUCCCUCUGUGGGUCUGAUCCUGCUGCCCUCUGGCAGAAUCCACCCUUGUCAGAGGAGGAAAGCCUUAUCCAAGAGGAAGGUGCGACGGGGGAUUUCCGGGUUUUGACACACAAUGCUGGUUCUCCUCUGGUCAAGAGUAGAUGAGCUGAGCAGCCCACUCUAGUGGGGGGACCAGCCCCCCCAGCCAGCUGACAGCUCCUCUUUGCUGCAAGGGGAGUCAUGUCCUGGAUGGAGAGGGUCUGCCAUCUUUCCUGGCAAGGCUCCUGUGUGGCACAAGCAGAACGUUCAGCAGGUGCCAGUCCUGAUCUGCUAGAUGGUGGUAGUGAUGCUUUUAUCUCAUAGAGCAUAAAAUCAGCUCCAUCAGCUGCCCUUCGCAGAACAGCAGCACCCAGGCGGCUUCACAGGGGAAUUGGGGCUGAAGGCAGAGGGGAGGGCUUCAUGGAUGGGGAGGGCACAACAGACAGAGAGAGCGGGCACAGGAGUGCCUACCUGGGGGCAAGUGAGGGGGCUCAGCAGAAUGAGGCCUGGCAAUUCCAUCGUGGCUCAGGAGCGGCAGAGGAACAAACAGGAAGCCCAAGCCAGGCUGGCCUUUGGCUUCCAUUGCAGGAAAGCCUUUGCUUCUUCUCCAGUAGGCAUCCCCAAACUCGGCCCUCCAGAUGUUUGGGGACUAAAAUCCCCAUCAUAGAAUCAUAAAGUUGGAAGAGACUACAAGGGCCAUCCAGUCCAACCCCCUGCCAAGCAGGAAACACCAUCAAAGCAUACUUG